CCGCGGUAGCGAGUCGGGCCCGGGUCCCUGCCCUGCUCCCGCCUCCGCCAUGGUCUCCACGAAGCUGCUUCCCGCGCCGCCGCCGCCUCCUCAGGCCCCCCCCGCCAUGUUUUCCUUCCUUGUACCUAGCCCUGCCACCGCGGCCGGAGGCUCUGCUCCGCUCCCCCUGCUUCGAGUGUCCGGAGCCGACUGGCGCCUGCUCCUGCAGCAACUACUCCACUGCCCGGGAGACUGCGAAGGCUCCCAGUGCCCGAGCGCCCGUGCCUACUGGAAGUCGCUCUCCCUACCCCAGUGCCGCCGCCUCUUCCGUCUUCCUCACGGAGCCAAAGCCGCCGCCAUCUUGGUUCGCCCCUCAAGAGCAGCGCGCGGGGCCACCCAGGCAGUAGCUGCAGGGGCGGCCCGUUGGCCCCACCAUUUAAAGAGACAGGAGCGAGGCCGGGAGCCUCGCAGCGGCGGAGGCCUUGGACGGAGGCGGGAGGCGGGCGCGGAGUUGCCGAGGUGGCGGGAGCGGAGGAGGCGGGACGCUGGUGCGCCGGUGACGGCCACGGGCUCCCCAGCGCUUCCCUGCACGUACCGUCGUGCGAGCGCGGGACGGCGUGUGCGUCCGUCGCGCUCUGUGUUCGUCAUCAACUCCGCUCCGGGAAGCGAGAGGGGCGUGGAGUCCGCCUCCGGCCUCUGCGCGCGGGCCGGGCUCUGGGCGCGCUCCGGUUCUCGAACUUGAGCCUCGGACUCUGCUGCAUCGCGUCCUCUCCGGGUCGUCUUUAGGGCGGGACUGAGCGCUCGAGACCUACCCGGAGCGCGAGUUCCGGAGUCCCCAGAGCUUGGCCAACCUCACGCGCUCCUCCUUUAGGGUGAAAUUGAGAAGCUGCUGGGAAGGGCCACACGUUUGGGCUGCGAGGUUUUAGCCAUAGGGGGCGUGUGCUCUACAAAGAGAGACAGUGAAAAAUCGUCUCCCCACCCCCAAACUCUCAUUGAGCCCUUGCUCGAAAUGAUUUUCAUGCCUGCAGAUCCAGGAUGGAACCACCAUCAGUCACUGGAGUCCAGCGCCCUAACCACGCCACCACCUCCUGGCCCCAGAUGAAAUGUAUUUUCAUGAUGAUUUUACUGCGUAUUUUCAGAUUCCAAUAACCAAUACAGAAUUAUUCAUGGAACAUGUUUUCUGUAUCAUGUCUUCAAAAUGCGAUGUUCCUUGUACUCUUAGAGCAAAUGUCUGGAUGCAAAAUUAUCACCAGAAAAACCUGAUCUGUAUUUAGAUUUCGUUACAAUUGAAAAGUAUUCACAUACUCGAGUUAUUUUGUUUGUUACUUGAUUUAGCUUUUAAAUUUUAAAUUUAAUUAAUGGGUGGCUCCUUAGUGCCCUGUUAGCUGUUGAGAGAAACUGGAUUCCAGCUGGAGAACCAAGGGUAGAAUCCCUGGUCCGCCUGAAACCCCAGACUGCAAGUGCCUGCCCCAGAUCUGAUGGGAUGGAGGACUGGAGAAAGGGGACCACAGAAUGACCAGACUGUGGAGGGGCUCUUGUGUGCACAUGCCCUAUCAGAAAGAAGAGAAAUACACAAUUUAAGAUGAAUUGAAAUUUAAAAUUCAGUUCCUCAUUCUCACUAGCCACAUCCUAAAGCUCAGUAGCCACAUAUGGUUUACAAUGACAGUUUUGCCAAAUUUAGGGGCUUGAUGUUACCAUGAAUCUUGUAUCAAACCUGCAGUGUAAUUUUUAAUACCUGUCUAUUCAGAAAGAGUCUUACCCUACCAUCAGGGAUUUCUUGGAUGCCAAAAUUUCAGUUUAAAAAUCAAGCUAGAACCUUCCUACA